AUAACGUGAGGGGCAGAGCUCACCGGAGGGACUAGCUGGUUGUUUUCCAGCUGUCCAUUGACAGUUUACAUCUGCUUUUAUUUAUCUUUAUGCAGCGGCUCGGGUUUGACAGCCGCUCGUAGUUUGGCUGCACAGCCUCGUUAAUUCACCAGGUGUUGGGACUUGAAGCGAGCGAUGUCGGAGGACGGCUGGGUGGCAACAACAACAACAGGGCGCGCUGCUGUCCCGUUAGCAUCGCAACGUCCUCAGGUCCAUGUUGCUUAACUCUGCCGGGCGAGUACACCCGUCCACGCCUCCUAUCCAGUCCAGACCAGUCCUGUCCAGAGGCCCGCCGUGAUGGCCGAGGAGGACCCCCAGCAGCAGCAGCCGGAGCGCGGGGCGAGGAACCUGCCCGGCCUGCUCUCCGGGCUGCAGGGCGCUGAGGCCAGUGCUCUGCAGCUCCGGAUCAAGAACUCCAUCUGCAAAUCUGUUCAAUCCAAAGUGGAAAACAUUCUGCAAGAUAUCGAGAAGUUCUCAGACAUUGAAAAACUCUACCUCUACCUUAAGUUGCCUUCUGGUCCCAGCAGUAACACUGAUAAAAGUGACCAGAGCGCCCUGUCAUCAAGCCGCACACAGCAGAUGCACGCAUUCAGCUGGAUCCGCAAUCAUUUAGAGGAAUACCCAGAGACCUCUCUUCCCAAACAGGAGGUCUAUGAUGAAUACAAGAGCUUCUGUGACAAUCUUAACUAUCACCCACUGAGUGCUGCAGACUUUGGAAAAAUGAUGAAAAAUGUCUUCCCGAACAUGAAGGCACGUCGACUUGGCAUGAGAGGAAAAUCAAAAUAUUGCUAUAGUGGACUAAGGAAGAGGCCCUUUGUUCACAUGCCAUCUUUACCCACUUUGGAUCUCCAUAAAACAGGGGACGGACUCCAUUGUGAUGUCCUUGAGUCAGCGGGACAGCUGAGCAGCAUAAAGGAGGAUGUGAGAUUUGCAGCCUGUGAUCUGGUGUGUGAGUGGGCCCAGAAGGUGUUAAAACGCCAGUUUGAUGCCGUGGAAGACUUGGCUCGCUUCUUAAUCGACAGCCAUUAUAUCAGCAACAAGUCUUUGGCAGCUCUCACUAUUACAACCGGCACUGCAACAGAGCUCAAUACUCCACAGUCAGCCUCAGCAUUCAUCCCCACUGCUGAGGCACACUCCUUUCAGCCUCAUGUGACCACCCUGAGUUCACCUUCUGUUGAUGCCAAGCAGCAGCUCCAGAGGAAGAUUCAGAGGAAACAACAAGAGCAGAAGCUGCACUCUCCUUUACCUGGAGAGGGACAAACCCAGAGGGCAGAUGACGGUGUGCCUUGUGCCAGUCCCACCUCUCCAUCACCUCAGCCAGCCAUAGGCAUCAUGGUCGCUGCUGUCCCGAGCCCCAUCACGAUACAGAGAAGCAGGCAACUGAUGUCUCCCAGUUCAGUGGGAACAGUAGAGAACAAAAUGCUCCCUAUUAACUUCCAAAUGGUGACCCAGCCAGUUCAGGCAGUAAAACAGAGCACCAAAACCCCACAAAAUAUUCUAGCCAGUCCUGUGGGAGAGCGCACCGCUCGGCAGCGCUAUGCGCAAAUCUUGCCCAAGCCUUCGGCAACGACAGCUAUCACUUUGCGCUCGCCCUCCACCAUGAUCAUCGGAAACAACCCUAUUAAGACUGUGAUGACUACAUGUCAUGUCAGCCCAGUCAGUUUGGUCAAGAUGACAGCCAUAUCUCUUGCACCCAACAGCAGCAAUACCACCACUUCCCUUACCAACACCACUCUGCGGCCGGCAUCUGCAGGCAUUAGCAGUUAUGCAGUUGCAGAAGACGUUAGCUACAAUCAAAGCAUGAGGAGCACCUCUGCAGCCCCCCUUCUGGCCCCGGUGGCCAGGCCAGGGCAGACUGCUUACAACCAUACCAUCGAUGUUGAAAUGGAAGUUGAAGCUAUACAUAAAAACAGCCAAGUGCAAAAUCCUAGCAGUCAAAUUCUGACCCAAGGAACAAUGGCAAAUAGGGCUGGAGGGUCUGUACAGAGGGCCGCCAGUGUGCCCAUACCUCAGACCAGAGGCUUCCUGGGUCUGGAGGAAACAUGCAGCACUAGCACUUGCAAUGGAAUGUCCACCUCGAGCACUAACACUGUGGCACCAGUCGAAAGCAGCAAUAAUUGCGCUAAUAAUACAAGCACUUUGCACUUAACUCCCUCCACUCAGAACACCAGUGCUGUUUCUUUUCUGAACACCAGCAGGGGACCUUCAUGUGGGGAAAGCAGCAGUGUAACAUCAGCAAAGGAAGGUUUCUUGUCCACUAAGAGCCUCAGGAAACGUUCGGGCCUCAGCCCAGACCUUUCGCCAAUCAAAAGGGCUUUUAUGUCCCAGCAGGCUGUAGAGGGUGCUGCUGGUCUUGCACAUGGGAUGAGAAACAUGGUUAACGUCCCCAGACACGGAGCCCCUACUAGACCUGAAAGUGCACCAGCUACCAGGGAGGUAGAGACGAAAAUGAACUCUGUCUCGUCAACUCAAGUCCAUGGACUUGGCACUUCUUCUUUCAGAGCCAGUGGCUUUUACUCUGUUGCCAAAACACAGAGCUCACUGCAGAGGAAAAAUACUUCAACUGUUAUGGAAACUAACACCUCAUUUAGUCACGCGUUAAUACAGCAACAGCAAGGGCACACAAUGGCUAAUGCACAUGCUAUACCUAAUAACACUGGCCACCAAAAACAUUUAGGUGUGACUGAUGUUAGGAGUUCAAACUUGACCACUGGGAACCUGGAAGGAGUUCAGCAACAGACCUAUACUCAGUCCAACCCUGCUACUGAACCCUUAGACUUUUUCAAUCAAGCUUCAUCGUCGAGCCAGCUCCCCAUGCAGACAGAUACCGACUACUUUCCCUUUGAUGAUGAUGUGACUCAGGACAGCAUUGUCGAGGAGCUGGUGCAGAUGGAAGAGCAGAUGAAACUUAACAACCUGCAGGAGUUUGGAGGUUGCAACACAAUGCAAGGCCAACAGGCUAUGAUGCCGGACAACAUAAUGUCCACCAAUCAGACCAUGACUUUCUUUCAUGCUGCAAACAGCCACAGCAACCCGAUACAAACUCCAACACCGACACCCACUCCCACACCCACAUCAGAAAUGAUGGGAGGAGGCCAAGGCCUCACCAGAGAGAGCCCCUGUUCCCGCAUCGCCUCCACAACACCAGUGGACAGCGCACUGGGAAGCAGUCGUCACACCCCAGUUGGUACUCCACACUCCAACUGCAGCAGCAAUGUGCCUCCCAGUCCAGUGGAGUGCAGGAACCCAUUUGCAUUCACACCCAUCAACUCCAGCAUCACUGGUUUCCAUGAUGGCAGCACAGUCUCCAGCAGCCCUGUCAAGCCCAUGCAGAGACCGAUGGCCACCCACCCAGACAAGACUAGGCUGGAGUGGAUGAAUAACAGCUACAACAGCAGCAAUGGGAGCUCAAACAAGUCAAACAGUGGAAUUCUUCCCAGCUAUCAAGGCCUCAUAGGUGACCAUUUUCAAAAGCCUCACGCCUUCGCCGUCCCUCAUGCACGGCAUCACGACAGCCAUUUUGGCCGCUUGACUCCCAUCUCGCCUGUGCAGCAGCAGGUAGCUAGCAUGGCCAACAUGACCAAGCAGGAGGGUUUUGCCGUGCCAGCCCCUCUGGAUAACAAAGCCACCAACACACCUGCAGCAACUUCUCGAUGCCGCAGUGUAAGCCCCGCUGUACAUCAGAGAAAUUUGAGUGGGAACACAGGAAAUCUUCCUUAUAUCCCUCGAUCAGUAGUGUCUCCCUUUAACUCGCCUGUGACGCCUGAGGUGUUGAACAUCUUUGCAAACAGCCAGACAAAUCUUGGGGUGAGCAGCAUGGCUCAGAGGAGCCAUUCUGUGCCACUCAACGUCAUGAUGCAAACUGAGGUCCUGCCCACGCAGGGUCAACAAUGCAACAGCAAAAACAUCACCAAUGUCCUUCUGAGCAAACUGGAUGGGGACCACGAUGACACUGUGCGGGGCGUGGGCAUCAAUAAUUUACCCUCCAGCUACACUGCACGCAUGAAUCUAACCCAGAUCCUGGAGUCCACCCCAAACCUCUCCUGCAGUGACAACCACUUCAGCCUGAUGACCUCUGACUCCACCAGCACAUGCAAAUUGCAGAGGCCAAAUUACCUCAUCGAAAAUGCUGUUAAUGAACGAAUGAUUCUCUCAGCAGGAGACAGCCGAGCUCAGUCAGCCUCUGGAGAGCGGCACCGACAACAGGCUGAGUCUAUGUUGUUAGCUUUGAGCUCACAGCAGCAUCAAGAAGAACUACAGCAGCAUCAGGAGUUGGAUUUCAGCAGCACUGUGAAAGACCUCCUGACAGAUAACAGCCUUACUGCUGGCAAUCAGCUCAUGGAACAGGUGUCGGAGCUAACUACAGGCGCCGCAGAUUUCCCCUGCGAAAUCAGAAUGACAUCUGAGCUCUCCAGCAGCAUCAAUGACCUUAAUGCAUUGGACACAAACCUUUUGUUUGACCCCAACCAGCAGCAAGGGCAAUUUCAAAAUGCUGUUGCGGAGGAGUUGGUGAAUGAUCAGCUGUUUCAGCAAAUCACCAGCGAGUCGGCACAUUCAAGCGGACUCGACUGGCUAGAAAGUAAAGAUCAUCCAACUGUUGGGUUGAUGGGUUGAAAAUAGAGCUUUCUUUUAGUCAUGUUGAACAUGUUAACCUGUGGUUGCUGUUUGUUUUAUUUAUUUUGAGGCAUUUACACUUUAUAAUACAACACUGGACACAUCGAGGUUUGUCCAGUUUAAGUGCCAGACUGAACUGCAAAGAUGCUGCAACUCUGAUUAAAAUGCUGGUCAUUUCCCUUUAAUCAGAGAAUAUCACCUCAUGAUGUUUGAAAAGGAGCAUUUCUGAUAAGUAAACAAUACAGAGCAAAAAAAGAAACAUUUUAAUGUUGUGAAAAAUGAGAAAAUCAAACACCGUAAAGAAAUGUUGGAAUGAAUGAAACAAUGUUAUUAUCAUGAAGCCUUUCACAGCAGCAUUUCUUUAUAUAAACGAGUGUCUAAAUCCUGGGAACUGCAGGCCUUAUCUAACUAAAGCAUAAGGUACAAAAUCACAAAAUAUACUUACUGCUAAACUAAUAAUAUGCCAUAAAUUAAACAUUUGUUUUGUGGUGUAAAUUCACUGUAAAAAAACAAAAAAAAACAAGAUAUCUUUGUAUGAGCUUUAGGUGUGAGUCUGGUGUCAGCAACAACAAGACAUAGAAUCACAUUCAUCUGUGUGAAUCCAUUUAACAUAUAUAUAUAUCAUAAUAUAUAUGAUCUGUCAUCACUGAUGGUUCACUUCGAUGGAGCAGAUAGAGUAUUUGUUAAUACUUUUAAGUGUACCCGAACCAUAAAAGAAAAUCAUAAACAUUCUGUAAAAUUCAUCUGAUUAUAUUCACAUUUUCAAGCUUUGGAAUUCUCUCAUGUAAAGUAUUUCUAACAGUGGGACUCUGAGAACGAGCUAAUGAAUAAAAAAAAAAACCUCAUCUCUUAAUCAUCACGAGAAUCAAACGUCUAAUAUAGGUAGAGCUCAGACAUGUUGGAGAAAUUACCUCAAUAAUAUCAUUAGCUUCUUUUUCCACAUUGUUUAGUUUGUCAAGCCACAAAGGUUUGUCUUGCAUAAUCACAAACUAUAAAGUGUUAGAAGCUUAAACAAAUCCCUUUACUUUACAUGCACAGUAUGUAUUUGUUAAUGUUUAAUCCAUAGAUAUGUCCAGAAAUAUCAGCACUUCACAUUAUGGAACAAAAACGUUGAGAUCUCUUGUUCUGAGAUGUUUUUAUUGUGUACACAUCAAGCCAAGAAGGAUGACCUCUGUCCUGCACUGAAAGCUUUAAUUGUGUAUUGAGUACUUAUAUGGCAUUAUAUGGUAGUCAUGUCACACAGAGCAUUGUGGAUGAUUGUGGGACACAUUUCAUGUCUGAAUGUACAACAUGAAAGGUGUCCACCAAACAAGCAGCUAUGGUAAAAACUGAUAAAAUAUUUAAAAUCCUGAGAAUUAAACUAAGCCCCUUGAAACAAGGGUUUGUGCACUUUUGAAUCGUGUAUAAAAGAUAAUCAUAAUCAUAAUAAUAAUGAUCCUUAGCACUCAGAAAAUGCAUAAUUUGAAUUGUGCAAAUUACGCCUUCAAUCUAAAAAUGAACUAAAAAUGUACUUAAUAGUUUGGUUCCUAAUGUAGCACUCGUCAUACUGCACUGACAAUCUGUAAUACUGUACUUGUGUUUCCUUAUAUAAAUGCACUGUGUUUGUUUGGUUUGAAUAACGGGGGGAAUGUUCUUCACUACAUGCCCUGAGCUGUAACAGCUAAUCACUGAUCAAAUGUGAACGUCUUGCUUUACGCUGAUGACGUGUAAAGAAGGCAUGCAACCAUAGAUGAGAUGAGACUCACAGGUGCUCCUGAGGUUUGGUUUCUGAGCCUUAUGUCCAUACCAAAGACUUAACCUUUAAAUAUAACCUGUAAUAACAUGCACUGGGAUCCUUGGUGUCUAAUAUCAAUAUACUAUGUGAUGGACAUAGCCAUAACAAAUACAGAAUAUCUGUAAUAUGAAGGAUAAAAUGGGAAAUACAUGAAAGAUUGGUGCACUGGAAAUCAUUUCUUUAUAAAAAUCAGGACAAUAUUAAGAAUUUCUUUGUUUACUAUUAAUGAUGCUUUUGUAAGUCCAUCAGGUAAAUAAUGUUUUUUUGGAGGCAAAAAACAAAACAAAACACUGUAAUAUAUCCAUGAACUGCGUUAGCAUUAGCUCCCUGAGUGUGUUUGUAUUGUAGGUCACACUACCUUUAUUUGUUGUACAGAUUGGGAGUGUGGCCCCCGUGUGUUUUUGUGUUACUAUUUAUUUAGAGUGUGUUGUUUGUACAGGAGCUGUAACCUUGCAAACUAAAUAAUCUUGUGAAUUCACAGUAAAUUGACUUGCACUGUUAUGAUGUUUUCUAGCAUACGUUAGGUGUCAUAGCAUAAUAUCAUGUGUCAUAUACAGUCCUUUUUUAAAUAUAAACACAUUGUGGUAAGUGAUGAGACGAAAAUCUCAAAAUUCAGCAUGUUAUUCAACAUUUUUUAACUGGAUCUUGGUUAAAAAAAAAAAAAAAAAAAGAGAUCCCAGAAAAUAUUUGCACACGUUUUAAAAUGCGGCAAUGAGACGAUCCAUAAUUAUAUGGUGUCAUAUUAAUGUCAUAAUAUAUUAUAACUUCUGCCAAAGCAGAUCAUAUCCUUGUAAUAUAUUAUAUUUAAUCUCAUUUGGAGUAUAAUUUAAUUCAGACAGACUUCUCUGUCUGUUCUCUUAGCUUCAGUGUUUCUCUUUACUGUGUCUGAGAAAACAUUUGCAUUUAUUUGUUUAGCACUGACGUUUGUGUUCAAUGAAGACUUUACCCUUCCUCUU